CAGUAAUCAACCAUGGCGGUCAAGCACAACAACGUUAUCCCUAACAUCCACUUCCGCAAGUACUGGCAGAAGCACAUCAAGACCUGGUUCGACCAGCCCGCCCGAAAGCACCGUCGUCGUCUCACUCGUCAGUCCAAGGCCGCCGCCGCUUACCCCAGGCCUUCUGCUGGUCUCUUGAGGCCCGUGGUUCGUCCCCCUACCCAGAGGUACAACUACAAGCUUCGCCUCGGUCGUGGCUUCACCGUCGAGGAGCUCGCCGCUGCUGGUAUCUCCGUCAAGCUUGCCCCCACUAUCGGUAUCAAGGUCGACAAGCGUCGUCACAACAAGUCCGAGGAGUCUCUCGCUCUUAAUGUCGAUCGCUUGAACCAGUACAAGGCCAAGCUCGCUGUCUUCCCCAGAGGUUCGAAGGCCAAGAAGGGUGACACUGCCCGUGCUGAGCUCGCCAACGCUACUCAGAACACUUGCAAGACUAUCAUCCCUGUCCCCACUGCUCGUGUUGUGGAGCAUGCCCGUGCCAUCACCAAGGCUGAGCGUGAGACCUCCGCCUACACUACUCUCCGUCAGUCUCGUAUCACCAAGAAGAUGGCUCCCAAGCGUGCCAAGGCUGCUGAGGACAAGGCCAACGCCGAGAAGUAGAUUUCAACAAGGGCUGGUUACUGAUGAUGGUGUUCACAGGGGCUUAUACUAGGAUGUGAAUGUCGCUAUAGGAUCGUUGUCGAUCUGUUUGCUUCUGGACCCGCCAUAGUA